CUGAGUCCUGCCUUAUAUCCACAGUUGAUUACUCCUAACAUCGACAUAAUUACUGAUGAAGACGGGGUCAGAGGGUCCUGCCAUGAGGGAGAGGAGAAGCAGGCUAGCGGCCAGGCCUUUGACGGUGUGGUCCUGUGCCUCCUCUUCAGCCACAGUUGUCUCUCAGGUCUCAACGAGGCCGGGUGACGCUCCAGAAUGGGAGACAAGCCAAUUUGGGAGCAGAUUGGAUCCAGCUUCAUUCAACAUUACUACCAGUUAUUUGAUAAUGACAGAACUCAACUAGGCGCAAUUUAUAUUGAUGCAUCAUGCCUUACGUGGGAAGGACAGCAAUUCCAGGGGAAAGCUGCCAUUGUGGAGAAAUUGUCUAGCCUUCCAUUCCAGAAAAUCCAGCACAGCAUCACGGCGCAGGACCAUCAGCCCACACCAGACAGCUGCAUCAUCAGCAUGGUUGUGGGCCAGCUUAAGGCCGAUGAAGACCCCAUCAUGGGGUUCCACCAGAUGUUCCUAUUAAAGAACAUCAACGAUGCUUGGGUUUGCACCAAUGACAUGUUCAGGCUUGCCCUGCACAACUUUGGCUGACCUCCUCCCAGCCAGGCACUCAUGCUGUUUCCUCCUCCCUCCUCUUCCCGAUACUAUUCACACUCCUCCAGAUGCUCCAAAUAUCAUUCACAAAUGAGCAGGGCCACGGUGGGCGUGGGCGCAGUGCGCUGCUGCUACCGAGGUGUUGUGCAUGAUGUUUGGACGCUAGACUAGUUGCAUCUGACAGGAGAAGUUUGUGUUGUACCAGCGCAUGCCUUGGAAAGACUUAAGUAAUGCAAAAGGUUGUCUUUUUUUUUUUUAAUCUACUGACAAGUUGCUCUAGUAACCCAAAGAAGUGAAGGAGAAAGCAGCUGCCUCACCGCCCAGAUAUUGAUUUGUUCAGAUGUUUCAAUGCCUCAUGAUACAAUAAAACCACGAAAAUUUUCUUAACAGUUUAAAUUGUUUGAAUUAGUUGAAUAGUGGGCUGGGCAUCCAUAAUUACCCUGCCUCAUUGGCGCUCUCAUGUCUCACCAUCCCACCUCUGCGCCCACUCAGCAAUACCUGUUGCAAGGAGAAAACACCGAAGCAGCAUUCUGAGCUCAGGCAGCACUCUGAACUCGCUUCUCUUAGAAGCCCUGUAGGGCAUAGUGUUCCCUCCACCUGGCCUUGGAAAAGUGAGCUGCAGACAGGGAGAGCUCAGGUCUGAACGGAAGAUGCCCUUGAAGCCUCAGCAGUCAGUUCUGACAUCUGUGACCUCUACACUGGGUAGGGUCAGGGCUCUAAUGACAGGUGAGAUGAUGCAGAAUCCCACCGGAGAUUGAAAAGCCUUGGCAAGAAUGACCCAUUAAGUUCAGGCCCUCUGGACUGAGGGCUCAGCAGGACCAAGUAUGAGCGGGCAUUUGAGGGAGAAGGACCUGUUCCAGCCACAGAAGGGUCAGUGUCACAUCCCGCAUGCCCUGUAAAUCCCAGGCCAAGUAGAGGGCAGCUCUUACCCUGUACCAUCUGCUUUGGAUGUCACUGCCAGAAUGGGAGUGCCUCAAACAGCCCGCCUCCAAUGCCCACAGAGCCAGGCCUGCUUGGGUUGGAGUAUAGAUUUAAAACUAUGAAAGAAAGCAUUCUGAGUUUGAGGGAUUCAGGUUGUAGGAUUUCUCAUGCCCGAGACCUCUGCAAGGCAUCUCUAGGCCUUCUAUUCCCUCCCUGACCACAAACACAACCUCACACUACUAUCCUCAAAUCCCAGGAAAUCUCAGCUGUUGGGGCAGUUUCUCCUCCUUAGUUUUGGGGACAGACUUUGCCUAGUAUCAAUACAAAUCCAGCCCUUUAGCUGUGAGAUUUUGGUGGUGUAAAACUGAUGGCAAGGUAGCAACCACAGGCCAGAACCAAACCCAGGAUUUGGUCUGGUGUCCUGUUUGGGGGUUUAGUAUUGGUGAGGGCACCACAGCUUUGCCUGACAUGCACAGCCCCCCUUCCCUCCUGCACUCUGGAUGGCAGCCAAGGACUUCCUUAGACCCCCACUGGUAGCCUAGCUACACUGGGCACUGGGCUGGAUGGUGUGCUGUUUGAAAUAACAGCUUACUCGAGAGGUUUCAGUGGGACUAGUUUCUUGGCUGCUCUGUAUUUGGGGGAUAGAGGUUGGGGAGAGAGGUAGAAACCUGCUGCCUCUUAAACCACCCUGUAUAAAAUUUGCAAUACAGCUUUUCCAUGUACCUGUGCCUGAAAUGUCUGCAAUAAAGAAGUGUUUGUAAA